AUGAUAAAAAUAAUACCGCUUGGUGCAGGUCAAGAUGUUGGACGUAGCUGUAUUCUUAUAUCCAUUGGUGAUGAUAGUACAGGAAUAAAAAAUUUAAUGUUUGAUUGUGGAAUGCACAUGGGAUACAAUGACGAAAGAAGAUUUCCGGAUUUUUCAUAUAUUUCUAAAACAAACCGAUUCACAGAACAAUUAGAUUGUAUUAUAGUAAGCCAUUUUCAUUUGGAUCAUUGUGGUGCUUUGCCAUAUUUUACUGAAAUGUGUGGAUAUGAAGGACCUAUUUUUAUGACACAUCCAACUAAAGCUAUUUGUCCCAUUUUACUUGAAGAUUAUCGAAAAAUUACUGUUGAAAGAAAAGGAGAAACGAAUUUUUUUACAUCUCAAAUGAUUAAAGAUUGUAUGAAGAAGGUUACUGCUGUCAAUCUUCAUCAAACAAUUAAAGUUAAUGGUGAUGAUGAUUUGGAAAUUAAAGCAUUUUAUGCUGGACACGUUUUAGGAGCGGCUAUGUUUUAUGUACGAGUAGGUACACAAUCAGUAGUUUAUACUGGUGAUUAUAACAUGACUCCUGACCGACAUUUGGGUGCAGCAUGGAUCGAUAAAGUACGUCCAGACUUGUUAAUAACAGAAUCAACUUAUGCCACAACUAUUCGCGAUUCUAAAAGAACACGUGAGCGUGAUUUUUUGAAAAAAGUUCAUGAUUGUGUCACACAAGGAGGCAAAGUUCUUAUACCAGUCUUUGCUCUUGGACGUGCUCAAGAACUUUGUAUCUUAAUUGAAACAUAUUGGGAGAGAAAUAAUCUUAAUGUACCCGUAUAUUUUUCUGCUGGUAUGACCGAAAAAGCCAAUGAUUAUUAUAAACUUUUUAUUAAUUGGACAAAUGAGAAAAUAAAAAAUACUUUUGUUCAACGAAACAUGUUUGAUUUUAAACAUAUCAAACCUUGGGAUAGACAAUAUUUGGAUUUACCAGGUCCUGCAGUUUUAUUUGCUACUCCUGGUAUGUUACAUAUUGGUACAUCUUUGGAAGUCUUUAAAAAGUGGGCACCAUAUCCAGAAAAUAUGGUAAUAAUGCCUGGAUAUUGUGUAGCAGGUACUGUUGGAGCUAAAGUUCUUAAUGGGGAUAAAGAAAUUUAUAUAGAUGCAUAUAAUAAGAUAAAUGUAAAGUUACAAGUAAAAAAUUUAUCAUUCAGUGCACAUGCAGAUGCUAAGGGAAUUUUACAACUUAUAAAGCAAUGUGAUCCAAAAAAUGUAAUGUUAGUUCAUGGAGAAAAAGCAAAGAUGGAAUUUUUACAGGAAAAAAUUAAACGAGAAUGUCGAAUACCAUGUUAUUCACCAGCUAAUGGAGAAACAACAAUUAUUGAUACACCACUUUCUAUACCAGUUGAUGUUUCUGUUGAUUUACUUAAACGUCAUUUAACAGCACAAAAACUUCCUUUACCCACAUCAGAUGAUAAAAUUGAUAUCACAAAGAUCAAACCAGUGAAUGGAAUUCCUAUACAAGGUAUUUUGACGAUGGAACCUGAUCAAAUACCAAAAUUAAUGGAUGUAAACGAAGCGAUAAGGGAUACAAAUUUACCAUUACGUGAGUUAACAUUUGAAUUUAUUAAAUCAUUUGAUCCGAAUAAGAUUGAUACUUCAACUCGAACUGAUAUUCGCACUCAAGCUUUGGAAAAUGUAUAUGAAAAAGUGAGAAAAGCUCUUAAAGAUGAUGUGAAUGAAGUUGAAAUAAUUAAGAAUUCAUCACAGAUAAAAAUAAGAAGCAUGUUAAUAAGAAUAUCUGAUAAAAAUUCCAACUCUUUUAAUAUUUCAUGGAAUUAUAAAGAUGAGAAUUUGGCGAAUUAUGUGAUGUCAAUAAUUGAUAAUAUUCUUCCUGAAUGA